AUGGCGCCGGCGGCGGGCGCCGGCUCUAGUCGGUGUUCGCAGCGCCGCGGGCCGCUUUCUCCAUGGCCCCCCGCUCGGUCCCGCCGGGCUCUGUCUGCUCCGCACCGCCGGCCGAACGCCGACUCGGCUACGCCACUGGUCGGGGAGGCGGCUCCAGCUCAAGGCGGUGGAGGAGGCGGCCGCCCCGAGGAGGGAUCAUCUGGGACGGAAGCCGAGCGGGGCCGAAAGGGCGGAGGCGCAGUAGGAAAUGGAGAUGAGCAGGGGCGGGGAUGGCCGAGGAGCGACCCGAGGUGGGGUGGCUGGCUUACAGCCAAGGCGAGAAGCACUGCCAGACUCUGGGAGAUGCUGUCACAGUCCCCAAGUAUCUCCCCCACAGCUCUCCCUUGGCUGGAGGUUAGGAGAAGCAUCUCUUCUGUACUGGGGUGAAGGUGGAAGCUAGCUAAGUAACAGACCUCUCUGAAAGAAGCAGUCAUCAUGUCCACCAACACCGC